CAUAGGCGCCAAAGUGCAAUCCUGCAUUUCAAAUACCAAGGAAAUUCAAGCAUAUAAUUUGACAGUAGGUGGCGAUAGUCAGCUAUAAUGUUAGGUUUUGAAUUUCCAUUAAUGUCGUGAAGAAGGAGCGUCAUCUGCGCACUGGUAAUUGACAUUUAGGAAGUCGCAGGAAGAUGGAACUUUGUAUUUCAAGCAUAGUCAAAGUAUUUAGCGACUUUAUCAUGUUAGAUGGAAAUCAGCUCACUGCACUCACGUGUUGUUUCUCCGCCAUAACUAAAUAAACAGUAAAGUUUGUAGCGACCAUUGUGCUACCGUUAGCAACCGCGCAGCGAGGGAUCUGCUAACAUCAGUGAUACACAAGACAGCUCUCUGGUCUUCAUGUUUGCUUAACAGCAAAUGCAUUUUUCACAGUUGUCCAGCAUGGCCUCAGCUGAGGUGAAAAUGCAGGAAAUGAGUGAGGUCGUGAUUGUCACAAUGUCUGAGGAAGCUGUCGAAGGCCUCUCCUCUGUGGUGGAGGAGGAGAAAGCAGUGCUGAUGGCCGCACAGCUCAGCCACGAGCCAGGGGAACAGAUCCUCACAGUCACCCAAGUGGAAACUGAUGACAUGAGUAAAACAACUUCCUUGUGCAAUGAAGAAGCAGUCAUUGUGAAGUUAACAGAUGAGGUAGAUGUGGAGGCUGAUGUGUUCUACCCCAUCACUUGUGGAGAUGCCACAGCCACAUUGGUGUGGAAGAAGUUUGUCUGCCCCGGGAUUAAUGUGAAAUGUGUCCAGUUUAAUCAUCAGCUCAUCAGCCCAAAGGAGUUUGUCUGCCUUGCAGGCAAGUCUACACUGAAGGACUGGAAAAGAGCAAUCAGGCUCAAUGGCACCAUGCUCAGAAAGAUCAUGGACUCCGGUGAGCUGGAGUUCUACCAUCACGCAAAAAUCUGCUCCAACACCUGCCGCAGCACCAAGAUCGAUCUGUUGGGAAACAAAGUGGCCGCCAGCUCGGAUCAGUCUGCCGACCUUGCUGCUGCCACCUCAUCCACUGCUUACUUGAAUGGAGACUCCUCCCCAGAGGCGUCAGCAGGACCUUCAGAGUGGGUCACAGCCGUUGGAGAGGAUGCUGUGUCAUUCUGGCGUGCGGUGAAGGACGCAGGGCUACUGGAGGAGGUGAUUGAAGACUUCCAGAAGGAGCUCCAAGAGGUGCUAAAGGGGCUGCACGAAAGAGUGUGUGAGCCAUCUCUGCAAGUCAAAGAUGCUGCUUUGCUCAACAGCAUAGUCCACAACUUUGGAAUGCUGGAUCUGGUGAAGAAGGUUCUGAGCAGUCAUAAAAGCCAGAUGGACCAUUACAGAGAGCAGUACACCAACAGCCUGGCUGCUCUGGAGCAGCAGUGUGAUGAGCACCGAAAGCGAGCCAAGGAGCUGAAGAGCAAAUCUCAACACCUCAACAACGUCCUGAUGAACUUCACCCCCGCACCCAUAGCUCCGGCACCCAAACGGUCCCGGAUGAGCCGCACCAUCUCCAGCCCGGCCUCCAUCAGCCCCGCGCCUGCACAGGUCACGCUGCCUCUCAACCAGCUGAGCGCCGUGUCGCUCGGCAAGCUGUUGACUGUGACGGGAGCUCCGGCGGCCCCCAACCUGGGGAGCUACACACUCCUGACCUCGCCGCUCAAUGGCUCAGAGCUGGCGGCCGACGCUUCCAACCUGACCGUGCUGUCCACCGUGGCGGGUCAAGAGGGGACGUCCCCAGAAAGUGGCGCCAUAGUCUCUUCGACCUUUGUCAAAAUGGUCAGUCCUCAGUUCCAGUUGGUGACGCUGCCGUCCACACUGCAGGGCCUGGCCGGCACACAAAACACGGCCAUCACGCAGCCAAUCGACACCAUUGCCGUGGUGGACGCCACGGCAACAACUGCAGAUGUUUUCCUACAGGGACUCCAAGCUGGUGAGAAUGAAGAAGGUCAGCACAAUGAGGUGAGAGAGGAUGACAUGCAGCAGCUGGUGGAGCAGCAAUGAUGGCAAAUUAGCAUUUCAUUUUUUCAGGGACACAUUUUUGGGGGGGGGGGGAUUUUGUUUGAAAUCAGAACAUUUUUUUCGGAGAAGUUAUCUAAGACCAUAUCAGUAUUGAGCAUGUUCUAAUCAAUUUAGAGCAUUUAUGUCAGCUGGUGAAAAGUAAUACAGUGUACCCCCACAUAUAUACGGCUUGGCAUUCGUGAAUUUGCAUAUUUGUGGAAUUAUUAUUUUUUUUUAACCUGUCUAUCAUUAUUUGCUGAAAAAACUCAUUUUUGCUUGGGUCAAAGCAAUAUAUAUAUAUAUUGCUUUGCAGCCAUCUUGUGGCAUCUUGGUGCCAAGGAAGUGAUGAAGUGAGAAAAGGGGCUUUCGUUAGGCAAAAGUAGUGCUUUGAUGCCAUCUUAUGGCAUCUAUAAGCAUUUAGAAGCCUUUUUGAGAUAGCAUUAAUUACUCACGGAUUUUCACUAUUCAUGGCAGGGCUCGGUUCCGAGCUCUUGCCAAUAGUGGGGGUUCUUUGAAAAGGCUGAUUAUUUUUGUCAUUGUUCACCAGAUAACAGGGCACUGUUAUGAAGGGUUGUCCUUAUGUAUUCUAAAGUUUGAGCACCCUCCAUUAGCUUCCAUCACCUUUUGGCGACAUUGGGAAUGGGAACUGAAAAAGUGCCUCAAAUGUGUAAUUUCCUUGUAGUAUAUACAGUCACAUGCCAAGAAAAAAAAAGGACAUAAAUGCUGUGGAUGUCCAACUGGUCUUUCCUGUGUUGUGUUCCUCUUGGUUGAUUUCUUUGUCUGCGAAUAUGUUGCCAUGCUACUUACACAGAUGAACAAAAUGUUUCAAAUAUUUCACUUUUUGUUUGAUAGUAUGAAUUGCUCAUAAUACGUUCUAAGUAUACCUUUGAGUUCCACAUAAAAUAUUUGAUUUGGACAUUGUAAUUUGUGUAAUAAAUGCUUUUGUGUGUAUUACAUAUAAAAA